GCCGCACAAAGGUACGUUAUACCGCACAAAGGUACGUUAUACCGCACAAAGGUACGUUACGCUGUACAAAGGUACGUUACACCGCACAAAGGUACGUUAUGCCGCACAAAGGUACGUUAUGCCGCACAAAGGUAUACCGUACAAAGGUACGUUAUGCCGCACAAAGGUACGUUAUGCCGUACAAAGGUAUACUGUACAAAGGUACGUUAUGCCGCCCAAAGGUACGUUAUGCCGUACAAAGGUUCGUUAUACCGUACAAAGGUACGUUAUGCCGCCCAAAGGUACGUUAUGCCGUACAAAGGUUCGUUAUACCGUACAAAGGUACGUUAUGCCACACAAAGGUACGUUAUGCCGUACAAAGGUACGUUAUGCCGUACAAAGGUUCGUUAUACCGUACAAAGGUACGUUAUGCCACACAAAGGUACGUUAUGCCGUACAAAGGUUCGUUAUACCGUACAAAGGUACGUUAUGCCGCACAAAGGUACGUUAUACCGCACAAAGGUACGUUAUACCGCACAAAGGUACGUUAUACCGCACAAAGGUACGUUAUGCCGUACAAAGGUAUACUGUACAAAUGUACGUUAUGCCGCACAAAGGUACGUUAUGCCGUACAAAGGUUCGUUAUACCGUACAAAGGUACGUUAUGCCACACAAAGGUACGUUAUGCCGUACAAAGGUACGUUAUGCCGUACAAAGGUUCGUUAUACCGUACAAAGGUACGUUAUGCCACACAAAGGUACGUUAUGCCGUACAAAGGUACGUUAUGCCGCACAAAGGUACGUUAUGCCGUACAAAGGUACGUUAUACCGCACAAAGGUACGUUAUGCCGUACAAAGGUAUACUGUACAAAUGUACGUUAUGCCGCACAAAGGUACGUUAUGCCGUACAAAGGUUCGUUAUACCGUACAAAGGUACGUUAUGCCACACAAAGGUACGUUAUGCCGUACAAAGGUACGUUAUGCCACACAAAGGUACGUUAUACCGUACAAAGGUACGUUAUGCCACACAAAGGUACGUUAUGCCGUACAAAGGUACGUUAUGCCGUACAAAGGUACGUUAUGCCACACAAAGGUACGUUAUACCGUACAAAGGUACGUUAUGCCACACAAAGGUACGUUAUGCCGUACAAAGGUACGUUAUGCCACACAAAGGUACGUUAUGCCGUACAAAGGUACGUUAUGCCGUACAAAGGUAUACCGUACAAAGGUACGUUAUGCCGCACAAAGGUACGUUAUGCCGUACAAAGGUACGUUACGUUAUACCGUACAAAGGUACGUUAUGCCGUACAAAGGUACGUUAUGCCGUACAAAGGUUCGUUAUACCGUACAAAGGUACGUUACGUUAUACCGUACAAAGGUACGUUAUGCCGUACAAAGGUACGUUAUGCCGUACAAAGGUACGUUAUGCCGUACAAAGGUAUACCGUACAAAGGUACGUUAUGCCGUACAAAGGUAUACCGUACAAAGGUACGUUAUGCCGCACAAAGGUACGUUAUGCCGUACAAAGGUACGUUACGUUAUACCGUACAAAGGUACGUUAUGCUGUACAAAGGUACGUUAUUCUUUUUUACAUUUCCAGUGUGGCUGUUGUGGCAGUGAAAGUUGAGUUUGAUCCAAUGAAACGCCGUCGAUAUAGACCAAAACAAAUGUAGCACGGGCCAAACUUGGCCCCAAGAGUCCCGACCUAGAGCGCCAAAAAGUGACACCAAGAGCGACCUUGCUUCAAGUCUUUUUG